CAUCCCGUAAACCUCUCGUUUCCCGAAACCUUUCACGGCUCGAAUGAAUGCAUCAUAACGGGGUGCCUGUCGAAUAAUAAUGAAUUAUAGACUUUGCCAUGGUGCAAAUUGCUUCAAUCGACUCUUUAGUCCUCGACCUACCACCAAGCUGUGUGGAAUUCUGGCCUCAUGAUCCCGAGUACGCCGUUGUGGGAACUUACAAUCUCGAAGGAAGCAAUCCCAGCGAGGAACAGACGGAAUCAGUAUCAGAAAAACCGCAGUCUAGAAAUGGUAGUCUGAUACUCAUACAUGUUCAUGGGAGCUCCGUCAGAAUUCUUCAAACACUUUCUACGCCCUUCGCCAUUCUAGAUGUUCAUUUUGUUCCUUCACAUCUUGGGAAUCCCUAUCUACUUGGUGCAGCAUCGUCUACAGGGUCACUGGGAUUGUACGAGCUUAGAAAACCGGAUUCGAGUGCGUCACCUUCCGAGCUUCAUCCACGACUAGAGCAUGUGCGGACCUUGCAAUACGUUUCAGAGAGCACGCUAAUCACUGCUUUCGCAUGGUAUCCUACCUCUGCAGAUGUUGUCGGCAUCACCCUUUCGAGCGGCGAGGUAAUGGUAUGUUCUACUGAGGGAAUCAAUGCUCAAGCCAACAUCAUAUCACUACCUUCGCACGAUCUGGAGGCCUGGACGCUCGCCUUCCAGCUUGAUGGCAAGGGAUUGCUCUCCGGUGGUGAUGACAGUGUGCUUCGGUACUGCAAGAUAUUCGAUGAGGACACCGGCUCUAGAAGUACCUGGAUCGACAGAAGAAUUCAUGGAGCCGGCGUCACCGCAAUCUUGCCCUUGGAGAGAGAUAUCUUCAUCACAGGAAGCUACGAUGACCACAUUAGAAUCAUCCACGCUCCGCUAGUUGGACGAAAGACUGUGCUUGCCGAGAUGAAUCUAGGCGGAGGGGUAUGGCGAUUGAAGGCCCUGAGCCAGCCAGCGGCUGCCCUGGCGGAGAAUUUUGGGCCUUCGGUAGAGGUAGUACUGCUUGUCAGCUGUAUGCAUGCCGGUGCCAGAAUUGUCAAGAUCCUCAAAAAUUCGGAAAAAUGGCGCUUCGAGGUGCUGGCCAAGUUCGAAGAGCAUAAGAGUAUGAACUACGGCAGCGACGUGCAGCCUAGUCAUCACGGAGAGAGCAGAACUUUCAUCUCGACGAGCUUCUACGAUAAAUUGAUAUGCUUGUGGCGGUUUUGA